AUGGACAACUAUGUAUGUGUCGAUCCGCUGACAGCGAAACCUAUCGAGUGCUGGAAGAAGUAUUUGAAGCAGGGCCGAAUUUCAGAACCAGCCAAGACGCUAAGAUUAGACGCGCCCAUCCACGAUCACAAAGUUCGAUUUGUGUGCAUAUCAGAUACGCAUGAGAAGCUUGAUGAAGUGGUUGGUCUAGUGCCUGAUGGCGAUGUCCUCAUCCACGCCGGUGAUUUCACAAAUUAUGGAGACGUUGGGGAAGUGAUCAAGUUCAAUGCAGAGAUUGGCAAAUUGCCUCAUAAAUACAAGGUGGUCAUUGCGGGUAAUCACGAGCUGGGUUUUGAGGAUGGAGAGGAAAUGAGUGAACGCCAACUGGCCGGCCUCAACAUGCUAGGCAUCACGAAAGCAUAUGAAUUACUCUCAAAUUGUAUUUAUUUGUGUGAUAAGGAAAUUAAGCUGUUCGGUCUUCGAAUCUAUGGGGCUCCCUGGCACUCGAUGCCUGGGUAUUCCUUCUACCGGCCGAGGGGCCAGAAAAUUCUCCACAAAUGGAACCAAAUCCCGGCCGGCGUUGAUGUGUUGAUUACGCAUACUCCACCACUUGGCCACGGCGAUUUUAAUGCGUGGAACAAGAUGGACGGGAUUUUGGCGGGUGAUGUGGAGUUGUUGAAUACGGUCGAGCAACGGGUGAAGCCACGUUAUCACGUCUUUGGCCACGUCCAUCAAAUGCACGGCGCGACAACAAACGGACACACAAAUUUCAUCAACGCCGCCAUCUGUGAUCAUAAAUUGAGAAGCUGCUACGACCCGAUCAUCUUCGACCUCCCCCUCCCACCCGGCACGUCAAAACGCGACUUCCUCGAACAGUCCCCAUCUGGUUCCCCU